UGAGUCAGCUCAGUGAGAGAGCCAGUUUAAAAACCAUGAGCUCACAGGAAGGUGGCCCUGCAGAUCUGCUACAGCAGGCAGCAGCCAGAAUCAUUCAGAAAGCCUCGAAAAGAUAUGUGGACAGAGAGGUCUUCAGGUAUUUCAAACUUCUGAUCGACCAUUGCAACCAGCGGGAUCCACAGUCGAUCCUCAAAACUGUCAAUCCUUGAGAGGCAGAGCUGCUGGAUGCUGCUGCUGGGGUGUUCAUCAGGUUUCGACUUGGAGGGGUCACCUUCCCUCCCAACAUCUACUAUAAGAUCUUCACUCAUCGACCCAUCACAGAUGUGUGUGCCAGUAGCCCAAAGGACUACACCCAGCCAGGCCUGAAGAAACCUUCGGGUCAGAUGCAGGAGGACCGUUCAGGGUGGUACCAGCGUAUGGAGAACAACAGCUGGAGGCUGUUCUACAUAAAAGUGCUUCCCAUUGUGGAGCCCGCAGAGAUCGGUGCAGACAAAAAGAUUGACUUUCACUACUCCAUUGAACAGUGUGGUUGAUUGAGCUUGAAGACUAAAUACUAUAUUCUCUCUAUUGUACAUUGUAGGUAUACCCAGGGUCGUCUGCAGAAUCAUUCUGUGCAUGGUCAAACGGUGACUUCUUAGCAGAGCACGGCCAAGGAAAUGAUGGACAACGCUGAGGCAGAUGAGACGGAAGAGAGGGAGCUGGAUGAGUUUCUGACCUGGUCCACCACUCUCAGCUUUGAGGAAUACAUGCAGGAGUGGAGAUGUUUGGCCUGCAGUCUCUGAGCCCAACAAAGACCUUCACUGACAUCCAACCCGGUGAAAUGCAUUGGAGUCUGCUCGAGAAACUGAAAGCAAGCAGAAGAAACAUACAACUGAAAACAGAGUAUACUACAGUACACACCAGGUGGAGAACUACAGAAAACAAAAAUUAAACAGCAGUUAUCUGAC